GUGUUGUGUUCGCUGUAAACAGAGCGGCGACACAGGACAAAGUGUCUUCACAUCAUGCCUGUUAAAGUUCGCCUUCAAAUGCUGGCGAUUGUCUGUCUGUUUUCAGCUCUUACGCGCAGCGGAGCAGCCUCCAGGUGUGUUGAUCUUGCCUGCAGUCCACCCAUAGGGAACCUGGCUGUCGGUAGGACCCUCACCACCCUCUCAGGUUGCUGUGGGAAUAGAUCCCACCAUCCCCAGCACUUCUGCCCUGAGGACACCCACCCACCCACACACAUGAUCGAUGACCCAUUCUUGCACCCAGGUACCUGGUGGGCAUCUGGUGCAGGUAUUACUUCACAGAGUCAGCAGGACGAGAUCCGUUUGGAUUUGGAGACCCAGUUUUGUCUGUCCCACUUGGUUCUACUUUUCCAUUCGCCCCGGCCUGCUGUCAUGGUCAUUGAACGUUCGACAGACUUUGGAGAGACCUGGGAAACCCUCAAACUGUUCGCCCACAACUGCAGCCUGGAGUUUGGUGUCCCUGACGAUGUUCACCAGCCAGGCUCAUUGUGUACCUCCCAUUAUACCAGUGCCACACCCUGCAGUGGUGGGGAGGUGAUAUUACGGAUGUUGGGUCCUGGCAGUGUUAAUGUUCUGGACCCCUAUAGUCCAGAGAACCUCGUCCGCCUCACUCUUACUAACCUCCGCAUCAGACUUCUCCAGGCUCAGACUUGUCCUGCAGCUCCACAGCCCCAUGCGAAAGAGACAACACCUGCUCCUUCAGGUCUGAGGUCUCCUACAGAAAGCCCAAGUUCAGCAUUUUAUGCCAUUUACACUUUAUUGGCCAGAGGGACCUGUCUUUGCCAUGGACAUGCCGAGCAAUGUGUCCCAUACAACAGUAGUCAAGACACAGAACAGGACAGUGACAUGGUGCAUGGUAGAUGUGUGUGUACUCACAACACAGCAGGGGAGCACUGUGAGAGGUGUGCCCCACUCUUCAAUGACCAUCCGUGGAGGCCUGCCAAUGGAAGCAGUGGGGAGCCAAACCCAUGCCAGAAAUGUGAGUGCCACGGUCACGCAGACAGCUGUCAUUUCUCCCAGCGGGCAUGGCUGGCCACCCAUGGCACCAGUGGGGGUGUGUGUGACAACUGCCGUCACAACACAGUCGGGCGCAGGUGCCAGCGUUGUCGCUAUGGCUACCACCGCCACCCAUCCCUGCCACUCAGCUCACCUCACGCCUGCACAAGAUGCUGGUGUAGUCCACAGGGCUCAUUGCCUGCCCACCCAGGAGGAGAGGAGCCCUGGUGCCACCCCAGGACCGGGCAGUGCCACUGUAAACCUGGUGUAGGGGGCACAAGCUGCAGCUACUGCCUGCCGGGAUACUGGGGCUUUGGAGGGGAGGGUUGCAAACCCUGUGCCUGCCCUCAGAGCUGUGAACCGACCACUGGACAGUGCUUGAAAAGCUAUUCAAGUGUCCAGCUCUUCAAUGUGCCCAUUGGUGGUAAAGUUCCUAAUUUGGAGCACAUGCUCACCAGUGAAGGUGAGGUAACGUGGUCAAAGGAGCUUGCAGUCUCUGCCCUGCAUUACACAGGAAAGUGCAGCUGUAAGGAGAGAAAGCUGAGAAGUGUGUCUGACCUCUGCAAGCACAAAUAUGACUAUGUAAUCAAGGCCAGUGUGCUGUCUGCUUAUGACAAAGGCAGCCAUGCAGAGGUGUUGGUGAAAAUCCGCAAGGUUCUCCGAUCAGGAAAGGUGGAUUUGUCGCUGGGCACUAUCAGCAUUUACCCCGUGUCUUGGACCAGCCGUGGCUGCACCUGUCCCAUCCUCAACCCAGGGAUGGAGUAUCUGCUGGCAGGCCCAGAAGAAGCAGGGACAGGGCGCUUGCUGGUAACCAUGGAGAGCAUGGUAAUCCUCUGGACCCCCAGAUUGGGGGCACACAUAUCACAGAGUUUAAGGCAUGGCUGUCCAUGACAGACGAUGGAUUUGACAAGAAGAGUCACACAAAGUCAGUGGACUUUGCAGCUAAUGGAACUAAAAUCUAAUGGACAUCACCACUUGCUAAAAUCAUGUGACUUUAGUGUGUGAUCUAGGUGGAGCACAGCAUCAAACUUAAGGUUCAGGCUGUUUAACUGAGGAACACAAUUUUGUGUGUGUGUGGAUGCAAAAUACAAGAG